AUAUCGAGGAAGCCAGGUGAUUCCACCGCCGCCAACAUCCGGCUGAGGAAAGGCCUUUGGUCGCCGGAGGAGGACGAGAAGUUGAUGAGAUAUAUGAUCUCCAACGGCCAAGGCUGCUGGACCGACAUUGCCCGAAACGCCGGCCUCCUCCGCUGCGGCAAGAGCUGCCGCCUCCGCUGGAUUAACUAUCUCCGCCCUGACCUUAAACGUGGAGCUUUCUCUCCUCAAGAGGAGCAACUCAUUCUACAUUUGCAUUCUCUUCUUGGCAAUAGGUGGUCUCAAAUAGCAGCUCGUCUUCCGGGACGUACGGAUAAUGAAAUAAAGAAUUUCUGGAACUCCACGUUGAAAAAGAGAAUGAAGAAUCGUAAUUACAAUAUUAACCCUUCUCCAAACCUAAGCCAAUCAUCCGAACCUAGAACUAGUAGCAGCUUCGGAGAGCAGCUAAGUUCAUCCGAACCAUCAUUAUUUCCAACAUUAUUGGACAACAACCAAUCACUAUACAACACGUUUGGUGGUGGUGGUGCAAUGGAAGAGGGUUAUUCUGGGGAUUUCACCACAACAAUAUUAGAGCCUGCGGAAUUUGUGAGGGACUUUUAUGACUUUUCACACCUUCCUCCACUUGGAAAUGCAGACAUUAUUAUUGAAGAGAUUAAGGUAUCAUCCAUAAACAUACAAGAAAACAACCAUCAAUUUAAUAAUGAAAUGAGUUUUAAGGUUGAGGAUAUGUUUGGAAAUAAUUGUCAAAACCAACUUCAAGAUAAUUUUAAAAUUGGAGCUUGGGAUUUUGACCCUUUCAUCCUUGAUUUCCAAAUUGAUUAAUUAACUUUUUUUUUUAAAAAAUAAAGUUUUUGUACUGAAUUUUAAUACUAUUGUUUAUUUUUAGAGAUGCAUAAAUUCUUUCUAUCUAUAUAAAGAGAAAGAAUGUAUAUGUCCUAAUACUUAAGAAAAAUUAUGUUUUGAUCUUGUUUGAUAAAUGUUUUGUUUAUAGUUUAUUUUUAAAAAAAAAUUCAAAAAAUUGUCACCAAUAAUUUUUUUUUUCUAUCCUUGUAAGAAUACUUUAGAAAUCUAAAUAAAAAGUUUCAAAAAUUAAGAAAAAAAGAUUUAAAUUAGUUUUAAUAAUCAAACUUACUUUUGUCCAAAAAGAAAAAAGAAAAAGAAUAAUUUGAUCAUUUUUGCCCGUUUCCUCCUCUAAAACGGCACCGUCUUGAUGAUCGUCAAGGAAUUGAUAAUUUUCCUCAAAAGAGAUAUGUGAGAAUAAUGACGGUUUACUUUGUACUAUAAAUUCAUGUUAAAAUUAGUUACAGAUCUUGUGAAAAAUUUCAAAAGAAAUGGAUUAUUGUUAGAGUUGUA